AGAGCAGGAUGACUGUGUGAGGAAGGAGCUGAAUCACAUCACUCACUCCAUCUGACCAAAAAAAAGCACAGACCAGAGAGGUACAACUGACCUCACAGUCUUGUGUAGACUGGACCUAUAUUUGUAGUCGGCGCGCGCGCACGAGUCCGUCUGAACUUGCUGAACCCAUUUUCUGCGCGCGCUGAAAAAUGUGCCAGGCUUGCAGCAUCGCGCGGACGUCAUGGCAACCUGUGGGGAAGCAGGCGAGCGCGGACUCGUAGUGAAUGUGUGCUUGAGCUCGUGCACAGGUGUGCGUGAGCCGUCUGAUGUGUUGUUGUAGUCUGUACUAGUAGUCGAGCAGGACGAUCAGAGGGGAGAGCGGUGCAGCAGCAGCACCACCACCACCAGCAGCGGAGGAGGAGGAGGCAGGGCGGGAGGCUGGUUUAGGAUGUUGCGUCUGAGCUGUCGAUUAGGCUGAUCAGAGCCGGAGCUACGAUGCAGUGACAGUCUACGGGAAGACAAGCACACACACGCGCGCACGCAGCGAGGGAGAAGAGGGGAGAGCACCACGCGAAUGCGCACGGGAAAUGAUCCGCUCCUAGACUAUGGCACCGUCGGGCUCGCGUAGUAUCAAGCGGGGCUGUCAGAGAGUUUUGUACUGGAUCCCGGUCCUGUUCAUCGCUCUGAUAGUGGCGUGGUCAUACUACGCGUAUGUUUUGCAGCUUUGCAUAGAGUCCAUUGAAGACACAGGAGAAAAGGUCGUAUACUUGCUGGUGUACCAUGUCAUUUUCAUCAUGUUUGUGUGGGCGUACUGGCAAACCAUCUUCACCAAGCCCAUGAACCCCCUGAAGGAGUUUCACCUGUCCCACUCUGACAAGGAGCUGCUGGAGCGUGAAGAUCGGGGAGAGUCUCAGCAGGAAAUCCUGAGGAGGAUAGCCAAGGAUCUGCCCAUCUACACCCGCACCAACUCCGGAGCAAUCCGUUUCUGUGACCGCUGCCAGCUGCUGAAGCCUGAUCGAUGUCACCAUUGUUCAGUCUGUGAUAAAUGCAUCCUGAAGAUGGAUCACCACUGCCCCUGGGUAAACAACUGUGUGGGAUUCGCCAACUACAAGUUUUUCAUGCUGUUUUUGUUGUACUCGCUACUCUACUGCCUUUUUAUAACUGCUACGGAUCUUCAGUACUUCAUCAAGUUUUGGACUGCUGGAGGUAGAGCACAUUUCCGCCUAAAAGAAUACCUGAACGGCCUCCCAGACACUCAGGCAAAGUUCCACAUCCUCUUCCUCUUCUUCUCGGCCUCCAUGUUUUCCGUCAGCCUGGCUUCGCUUUUCAUCUAUCACUGCUGGCUCGUCUGCAAGAACAGAUCCACUCUCGAGGCGGUGCGUUCUCCGGUGUUUCGUCACGGCACGGAUAAGAACGGCUUCAGUCUGGGCUUCAGCAAGAACUUCCGCCAGGUGUUUGGCGAUGAAGUCAAAUACUGGCCAAUCCCUGUCUUCUCCAGUUUAGGCGAUGGCUGUUCGUUCCCAACCUGCCUGGUGAAUCUGGAUCCUGAGCAGCCCUCCUCACCAACUGGCUCCAACCCAGCCAACAAGAGUGCAGCAGAGGGCCGUCAGUUCCCCUCCAAACCACUCAGAGAAAGCCAGAGUCGUCUGCUCACCAGCACCCCCUCCUGGUCAGAGAAUGAAACUGCAACGGACAAGGACAGGAAGGGUGCCAGUAACCCAGGGAUGACCAUAGAGAACGAGGCGUAACCACGUUUGACACUUUGAAACCAGAAAUGUCUAUGCUGCCCCCUCCUCUGUGUCCGUGCCUAUCAGAACAUGACGUGGUGGUGACAUCAUAUUUGUCGUUUUCCAUUAGUGCACCCUGCUUAUGAGAGACUGACUUCGCAAACAAACCGGAGGAAAACAUAAUAAUCAUCAUUUACUUCUCUUAUUGUUAUUAUCUGCUGCUGCCUGAAAGUUGGAACAAGUCGACCGUAUUUGAAACUGCAUUCCAAUUAUCCCGUUUUCUUUUUUUCUAUACAGACAAGCACAGAGCAGCAACAGAAGAGCGGACUUUUUGCACUUUAUAAACUAUAAGUGAGCUGCUUUUGUACGUCCCAGUUCAAAAGUCUGCAAGUCUGUUCGUUUUCAGUCGUUCUCACAGCGUAGCGCUCGAGUAGAUGCAGUUUGCCAAAUGUUUGCAGUGAGUAUAGAUUAGUAGUGAUGUUAAUGUGCUAUAUAACUGACAUUCCUUCAGCCAUUUUUCUUUUUCUGUUUCUUUUUUUGUUGUUUGAGGGGCUGGGGGCAGGUUUCUCCACCCGCUGUGUUGAGUAUUGUGCAAGUUGAUGAAAUGAUGCAUGCUCUCAUCUCAGGAUGUCAACGCAAACACACCUUGUGAAGUGAACGUGUCCCCUGCCCACUACAAAAAAAGUAGUUAGUAGUAAUUAAAUUCCAAUAAGGGCUCUGCUAGAUCUUUAUAGCAUAUAUGAGGAUGUUGCCGUCACACCCAAAAGCUGGUGGUGCUCUGUGCGUGUGACAGCGCCCCCCCCAAAACCCCCCUCCUGCCAAAUAUGUCCUACAGUCUGACGUCAAACUGCUGGCCAAAAAGCUUCCCGACUGUUCUGUCUAUGAAGGGCCCGCCAGCAAAAACAAGCCUCUGUGCGAUGCUGCUGCAGAUUCUGUUGAUUGUUUUAAUAUCUCACAUGUUGUGGAUGUACUGCAGAGCAAAUGAAAGAAACAAAUCUGCUCCGGUCGCUUCGUGUGGUCCACUUUGACCUUCUGAGGCUGGAAACGAUUAAAAGCAUCACUGAAAAUUAAAGAAUGUACGCUCGUCUCAAAACAAAAAGCUUCAUAGUGACAGUCAAUGUUCGAUCUCUAUUUUUCUAUUCUUCUGUGUAUGAUUUAAAGACUAUAUGGAUGUGAGAGGCAAUGUACUGUACAGUUGUGAUGCCUUACAAGAAUAAAAUGAGCUCAUCUUCA